UGUUGUGACUUGUGACAUGUGACAAUUCUGUUUCUGUUGGUUCCACGCACUCAACGUUCCCAGAAAUUUUCAAGAAUUCCAGCAGUUUUUAUGAAAAUCAAGUGAAAAUGGCUACGAAGGGGUUGUAUUAUACCCCACUCGGUACUGACGGGUCGGAAUAUGCUCACAGACAACGGGUGGCCAGUCAUUAUCAAAUAAGCGCUCUAAAUAAAUCAAGACUCAAAUACUGUAUAUUCUUUCAUUAUCUGCUGUUUUUUGCAAUGUUGGCGAAGCUCUCUGCUGAUAUAUUAGAUAAACUAGACAUAUUUAUAUUAGAAAUUGAAGAACUUGACAUUCCUAAGCCAUUAUGGUGGGAAUACAUAUGGUGCAUCAGUCUUCUGUUAUCAUUCUUAGGUUUGGAUGCAAUUAAGAAGAACAGAGUUGCCCCCAUGAGAAACUAUAUGAUGGGCCUUACAAUAUUUGGUUUCCUGCCACUACUUUAUGCUGUAAUAUAUUACUUUCCAGAUGUGUGGACAUAUCUGACAUUUGAGGAAGAGGAGGAACUAGAAGAAAUCCACCUAUGGCAGGGUUACCCCUAUGGAAUGUUGUGUUAUGCAUUUAUACUCUUAGCCAUUCAAGUUCACUUAUUUUCCAUGUAUUUUGCAUGGAACCUAUUGACAGCAUGGAAACCCAAAGGUACCAAAAAAUUUGAGUGAAAGUGUAAAGAAAGUAUUUUUGGAACACAAAAUACCUAUAUGUUUUUGUUAUCUAUUAGAUAUACACAGAAGUCAACUGAGGAUUUAGAUAUUUGGAUUUCCAGAAAUAAAUGUUCAUGUUUUGUAGGUAAUAUACUGUUUCUAUUCACAAAUUCAAAAAUUAUCUACAAGUAUAACAGUUACUUCCAAUAAUAUUUUUGUCAAAACUGAGUAGGUAUACUUCCAACUGACAGAAAUGAGUUACCAUGUUAUUUAUUUUUUGUCUGUGUAGUUCCUUUCUUUUGAUCAUUACAAAAUGACUUUGAAUAUAUCAAAGUAACCCUUAUUUUUCAUGCCUAUUGGCAAUAAACUUUCCUCUCUCAAACUCCUAAGUGUUCAUUUAAUUAUUUUGGAAAAUAUAUACAUCUGUUCCUCCCAAAAUGUAUUUUUUGUAUGCAGUGAACUUUACUAUUGUAUACUUAAAAUAUGUAUACCACACUUCAGAGAUAUUUAUUAAAUCUUGUUUUCCAUAA